AUGUCGUCACUUUCGGCGAGCGCUGAAAAUUUAUCCAGCGAUCAGAACAACGAUGGUUCUUCGAUGUGUCUCGAGUUGGCGCUGGAGGGCGAACGGCUGUGCAAAUCCGGCGAUUGCCGAGCGGGUGUGGCAUUCUUCCAGGCUGCCAUCCAGGCCGGUACGGACGAUCUGCGUACACUCAGUGCCAUCUACAGUCAGCUGGGGAAUGCAUACUUCUACCUCGGUGACUACACGAAAGCCAUGCAGUACCACAAGCACGACCUUACGCUCGCACGUUCCAUGAACGAUCGGUUAGGUGAGGCGAAGUCAUCCGGCAACUUGGGCAACACGCUCAAGGUAAUGGGUCGGUUUGAUGAAGCGGCCAUCUUCUGUCAGCGUCAUCUGGCAAUAGCGCGCGUCCUGGAGGAUCGACUCUCGGAGGGACGUGCUCUGUACAAUCUUGGAAAUGUAUAUCACGCCAAGGGCAAACAGCUGGGCCAGAAAGAUCCGGGGGAUUUUUCGGCCGAGGUGCAAGAUUCGCUACUAAAGGCGGUUGACUUUUAUCAGCAAAACUUGCGGCUGAUGCGCGAGCUUAACGAUCGUGGAGCACAAGGGCGGGCGUGUGGAAAUCUCGGCAACACGUAUUAUCUGUUGGGUGAGUUUGAGACGGCCAUCGAGCAUCAUCAGGAGCGGUUAAGAAUAGCACGCGAGUUUGGUGAUAAGGCAGCCGAACGGCGAGCGAACAGCAACCUGGGCAAUUCUCACAUCUUUCUCGGCCACUUUGAGCAGGCGGCUAAUCAUUACAAGCGUACUUUAUCAUUAGCGAUCGAGCUCACGGAACGUGCGGUAGAGGCACAGGCGUGUUACAGUCUUGGCAAUACCUACACACUGUUGCGCGAUUUCCCCACGGCGAUCGAUUAUCAUCAGCGGCAUCUGGCAAUUGCGCAGGAGCUGGGCGAUCGUAUCGGGGAGGCACGUGCCUGCUGGAGCCUUGGCAAUGCUCACACCUCCAUCGGCAAUCACGAAAAAGCUCUACAUUACGCCAAUUCGCACUACCUGCUGGCGAAGGAGUUGGGCGAUAUGGUGGGCGAAAACACGGCCAGCAUGAACAUAUCCGAUCUGCGCCGAAUGCUUGGCCUGCCGGAACUGUUCAACACGGAUAGUGUCGGUGUAGUUGACACCGGUGCACAUACCGCCACCGUAAUGAAGGGACUAUCCGAUGGAGUCGACAGCGAAACAGGAGCCAUGCACCGUAAUCAGCAACCGCUGCACGGCCAAACACAUGCGACAGCGGCAAAGGUAGCGUCUCUAGCGGCAAAUAAACAGCAUCGCUUACGUCGACAGAGCAUGGAGCAGCUAGACCUAAUUAAGUUAACGCCUGAUGGCAAAAAGCUGGCACAGCACAACGUGCAAGAGAAUCAAACGACCAAUGCGCAGGUACCACCGUCCCAACCGUCGAAGGUGAAAAAGAGCGAAAACAGCUUCAAGAACAACGAUGAAGAUUUCUUCGAUUUAUUGACUCGAUCGCAGAGCAAGCGUAUGGACGAUCAGCGCUGCACGCUGAAGUUAACGCAUGCCGAAAGUGUUGAUUCUGCAAGGAAACCUUUAACGCAACAUAACAGCAACAACCCACCGGCGGGCAAAGAGAAUAGGAACGUGCUUCUGGAAAUGAUUGCACAUUUUCAAUCGGAACGAAUGGAUGAACAACGAGCCCUAUUACCCGGAUUGAAACGAAUAUCACUUGGUAAUGCAAACAAUAUGAGCCAUCCUACAAAUAAUAACGAGUCGGCCCCAGGUUCGACUGCGAAGGAAGAUCCAGUCGCUCUUGGUACACCACCGGACGAUGCGUUCCUAGAUAUGCUGAUGAGAUGUCAGGGUUCACGGAUUGAGGAGCAACGGUCGGAGCUGCCAACGCCAAAUAUAACGCUCGAUGCUGAAGCGAGCGAUGUACCGGUGGUCGCACCAGCCAAGGCCACCUCGAACAGCGGCGCUACCGUUCCGGAUGAGGAUUUCUUUUCGCUUAUCAUGCGCCUCCAGGGCGGCCGUAUGGAGGAUCAACGUGCCACCGUUCCGCUGAACAACAAUCCGAACCGCAGUGGCAACUCGGACCAGCAACACAACCAUGCCAAUGGCACCAAUGGGAACAGUCUUAAUGCGAGUGGUGGCGUAAAUAAUAAUAACGGUUCAAAUAGUAGUACUGCCAACAAUGGUGCCAACGUCACCAACGGGAAUGCUCCGAACAGUAGCAGUACCAGUAGCAGCGGUGCGAGUAGCGUUGGGAAAAGUUUAAAAUGA